AUGUCCAACGAGCUUCGAAUUUUGUGGAGCCCACCCUAUUUCUGGCGCCUAUGGUGCGUUUUUGAGAUUGCUGCAUAUCGCAAGGCAAAUCCCUCAGGCCUACUGCGGUUCCAGCCUUUGUUCAUUGAGCGUGAUUUCUUGGUGUUGUGGCCGUGCACAUGUUUGUUCCUGUUCCUGUACUUCAUGAUGGUCGUGAGUGACAACUGGAGAUAUUUGGCAAGCAUCCCUCUGGCUAUUUGCCUUGCAGGGUUUUUGCCCGGAGUGCAUGCAGUCAGGAGAGGAUACCAGGAGCAGGAGCAGAUGCUGAAGAAUCUUGCAGACUUUGACAUCAACAAGAUCUCUUGCACCCGCAAGACUGAUAGCGAGUUCAUCUUGGGGGCAAUUUCUCAAUGGUAUGGCAGCCUAGGGGCCUUCACUGCGUAUGUGCCACAGCUUUUCUCAGAAAGCUUCCAUUUUAGUAGCAUUUUUCUUUCAAGCGCAAGGGGCUUCACGAUCAUCACAGUUGCCAUGGUUCCACUCAGCGCGUCGGCACCAUUGUCAUCUAAGUGUUCAUGGUUGUCUGCUUAUGGCAAUAUUGAAUAG